CAGGGUGGAGCUGUGGAAGACAGAUGCUGGGAGAGGAAAGGAAGGACAGACGUUCACAGUGGAAGGACAGAGAGAAGGAAAGACAUAGAAAGGUUUGGAAGUUAAUGUGUUUUGGCCUUUUCUGUGCUAAAGCCACAGAGGAGGCUUAGAUCCGGCUGUGGUCAGAGUACGUUUCUGAGUCCUGGUUUGAAGGAUGGCUAUGUGGAUGUUGAUGAGCUCCGUGCUGGGUCUGCUGGUUUGUCAGGUCUGCAGCUCUGCAGAGCAUCACCACAAUGAGGCAGAGCAAGACCAUCGGACCCUUUACCUCUGGAGAAAUCAAGGAAAAGGGAUGAUGAGAGUCAAGAGAGACUGGAUCAUCCCCCCCAUCAGAGUGUCAGAGAACAGCAGAUAUGUUCCUGAAGAUCUGGUCCAGAUCAAGUCAGACAAAAUCUUCUCAGGAGAGGUGAUCUACAAGUUAGAGGGCCCAGGGGUGGACCAGGAGCCCAAGAACCUGUUUGAGAUUGAUGAUAAAACGGGAGUAAUCAGGAGCAAGAGGCCGCUGGACAGAGAGCAGUACAGCAGCUUUACGCUGAAGGCCUUUGCACUGUCCCCCAGCGGAGAAAGACUGGAGAACCCCACAACCAUCGAGAUUGUGGUGCUGGACCAGAACGACAACAAGCCUGUUUUCACUCAUAAGCAGUUUUUUGGAUCGGUCUCAGAGUUCUCUGUCCCAGGAACAUUGGUGAUGUCAGUCUUAGCCACGGACGCAGAUGACCCGAUGACAGAAAAUGCAGCUCUGGGCUUCUCCAUCAUUGGUCAGGACAGCAUCCCUCCCAAUGCUGUAAACAAGACUAUGUUUGGCAUCAACAACCAGACAGGAGCCAUAUACACCAGAGAUGUGGGCCUGGACCGAGAGGUGGUGAAGGAGUUCAAGUUAAAGCUACGAGUUGCUGAUAUGUGGGGCGACGGAUUACACAGUGAUGCUGUGGCCAUCAUCAGUGUAUCUGAUAUCAACAACCAUGCACCACAAUUCCGCGCUGCCUCGUACAGCAUUAAAGCACUGGAGAACAGUUACAACAUUGAGAUUGGCCGAGUGAGUGUGACGGACAGAGACGACCCUGGAACAGGAAACUGGGAGGCCAAAUACACAAUUUACAACGACCCAUAUGGAAACUUUGCCAUACAGACGGAUCCAGUCACCAACCAGGGAAUCAUGACUGUGGUGAAGCCCCUGGAUUAUGAAGUCAAAAGGGAGCACAAUUUCAUACUGACAGUAGAAAAUGUCAAUCCUCUGAGCAGCAAGGCCCCAAACUUACCACUGAGUUCUGCUGCAGUGUUGGUCACUGUGGUAAAUGAGAAUGAGGCUCCAUAUUUUAAGGAGAACCCCAUACGGAUCGAGGUCCCUGAGAAUGAGAUACCUGGGAAGCUGCUGAAAAGCAACAUUGCCUCGGACCCUGAUCAUUCUGAACUGAGAUUUCAAAUUAGCAAAGACCCUGAGGGGUGGCUGGACAUCGAUAGAGAUACAGGAAACAUUUUCCUCAGAAGAUCCUUGAACAUGAAAUCUCCACAUGUCAAAAACAACAUCUAUAGUGCAGUCAUCAUGGUUACAGAUGCAGGUGGUGUAUCAGCCUCUGCAACAGUGAAUAUCAUCCUGGAGGAAACCAAUGACUUCCCUCCCCAGGUCCGCCCUUUGAGCAGCUUCUUAUGCACAGGUGACAGCAGAGCGACUUCUGGUCUUUUAAUGACUGCUGUGGAUGAAGAUCGUCCUCCACAUGCCGCUCCCUUCAGUUUUCUCAUCACUGACUCUUUGUCAUUAAACUGGACUGUCAAUAAAGUCAAUGAUACUCAUACAGUCCUCAGCCCCACUGUAGAUCUAGAAGCUGGAGAGUAUGCAGUCACGGUGUGGGUCACAGACUCUGGCAGCCCAUCUCAGAGUGCUUUAACUCAAGUCAAUGUGACCUUAUGUCACUGUGACUCCUAUGGUGACUGUAGAUCUGAGUCGGGGGCUUUCUUAGCCUCCAGUGUGGGAAUCAGCUUCAUCGCUCUCAUUAUUAUCAUUGCAUGUGGUGCUCUUCUACUGGUGUUGCUGUUCCUGGCUGUGGCUAUAAACGCCUGUGGAAAACGUCACCACAUAAGGAAAGGAUCAGGUCUGCUUGUUGGGGAAUCGGAGGACGACGUACGCGAUAACGUCCUCAACUACAACGAGCAGGGAGGGGGUGAGGAGGAUGAGAAUGCCUUUAACAUUGACCUGCUGUGGAACCCCCGUGAUGCUCCUCCCACCUCCCCGUGGUCCUUCUACCCGGGUACUGGCCUUCCUCAAAGCAAGCAGCCCCUCAGGAAGGACGCCCCCCAUAACCUGCCCUCCCCCACCUACCCCCGGCGACCUCCUGCAGAUCCCACUGACAUCGAGGACUACAUCAAUGAAGGCUUGGAGGCUGCUGACAACGAUCCCAACGUACCCCCAUAUGACACAGCCCUGAUCUACGACUAUGAGGGAGAGGGCUCAGUGGCUGGCAGCCUCAGCUCCAUUGCUUCGAGCAGCUCGGAAGGAGAUCAGGACUACGACUAUCUCAACGACUGGGGACCACGGUUUCAGAAACUAGCCAAUAUGUAUGACCCACGUUAAAGCCAACAGAACGCCACUGUGGAGUUAAGGCUACACGUCUGGACAGAUUUGAAAGUUGUUUCAGUCCAGCACAAGUUAUUUGGACACAACCUACAAGGUGAUUUGAUGCAGCAUUCAUUAGUUUGUUGCAGCUUUUAGGAAAGAAGCUGUAGAUGUCGCUACGCAGAAUCACUAAUGAUGCACAUAGAAGGCAUAACAUUUGACUUUUUUUUAUGUAUUUCUUUUUUUACACACUUAAUUUUAUAAAAUGAAUCUUCAAUAUUUUGCUUUUGUGUUCAUCAACGAACCCUCCAUUCCAACAUUUGUUAAUCUUUAAGGGAGGUGUCUCUGCAAACGGUACCAUGCAAUAUUCAGAUAAGGGGAUUAAACUGCCUUUUUAUACCCGUU